AUGUCCAACACUGAGGACACGAUUGAACAGGAUGGUGCAUCCAACGGAGAUUCCGAGGCAGAUUUCCAAUCCCCCAGAACACAUGUAGACCGGUACGAACGCAUAGAGCUACCCCCAUUCUGGAGCCAGCAGGCACAACUAUGGUUCGCUGCAGUAGAGGCGCAAUUCCAGCUUCGCAGAAUCACAUCCGAUGCAACCAAGUAUUAUACCGUCAUCGCUCGCUUGGAUCAAGAUGCUCUAAUCGUCGUGGAAAAUUUAAUAACCAACCCGCCUACAAACGAUAAGUAUAGCACGCUGAAAAAUGCACUAUUGAACCAUUUUGCACUCUCACAGAGUCGACGAUUCAAAAUGCUGUUAUCUGGCGUAGAGUUGGGCGACCGACGCCCAUCCGAAUUACUCGCGGAAAUAAAUCGUCUGGGAGGAGAUAAACUCGACCCGGCAUUCGUUCGAGUUAUUUGGUUAGAGCGACUUCCGCCACAAGUCCAAAUGGCACUAGUGGGAAGGGACCAAGAAGAUAACGUCCAACUCUCCCAGCUCGCUAAUCAAAUAAUGGAGGUGCAACGCAACGCAAAUUAA